AUGCCAUGCCAAGGCAAAAAAGAAGACAGAGUAAGUAGAAGUUUAAUUGAAGAUGCUUCUUUGUUCUUGUGGUUCGUGAAUGCAGUAAAUUCUGGAGGAUACUGCAAAGUGCUCAGGAAUGGGGAAGGCAUAUCCCUCACUCCAAAGAAGAAGUUUCAGCAGAAAAUAAAGUUCAAGGCGUACAGUAUGAGUGCUGACAGUAUCAUGUAUGAAAAAAAGAACGAGAUUGCCUUUGAAGAAGAUAGAAAUGGAUUUAUAUGUGCACAUUGCGAUGCAAGGUAUGUAUACAAGAGAUGCCUGGUAAACCACCUCAUAAAGUCUCACCAUAUAAAUUCAAACACAUUUCAUUGA